CUUUAACCACUAUCCCUCCUACCCCCAUCCCAUUUCCAUCCCCAAAGGAGAGGCCGGAUACCUAUCGUCGUCUAGGUUUCUGCCUGUGUCGACCAUCCGUCACCCGUUCACUCGGACCGAAUUGCUGCGAUAGUCAAGAGCCUUCCCCGGAAGGCCCCGCAUAAAACCAGGCGUCAUGGCGGACGUCCGGUCCAAGAACCUCUACGAGCUUCUUGGCAAUGACCCUGAAUUGGAUCCCAACAGAGAGCCUGAGCCUCCUACGAAAGCUGUAGACAGACCUGCUCCCCGUGUUGGCAAGCGCGAUGCUCCCAAGGAAGCUCCCAGCACCCAGCCCCGUGCCGAGAACAACUCUCGCCGCGGUGGCCGCGCCACUGGCAACGAGGCCGCUUUCCGUGACCGCAACGCCGGCCGCAACAACAACCGUGAGAAGGUCGUUGAGGACCCCAAGGAGGGCCAACGGCGCGGAUUCCACGCUCGUGGAGACCGUGGUGAGCGUGUCCGCCACGACCGUCAGUCCCGCACCGGCCAGACCGACACCCGCAAGCAGGUGAACCAGGGCUGGGGUAACCAGAGCGGUGACAAGACUUGGGACGAUGAGAAGGCCGGAGAGGACAUCGCCCACAAGGAUGAGAACGAGCCCCAGACUCCCGCCGCCGAGGAGGAGCCCGCCGACAAGUCCAAGUCCUUCGCCGACUAUCUCGCCGAGAAGGCCGCCCAGGGGGACCUGAGCGCCAAGCCCGUCCGCUCCGCCAACGAGGGCUCCAAGCUCGACAAGAAGUGGGCCGCCGCCAAGGAGCUCAAGCCCCGCGAGGAGGAGGAGGCCUACAUCCAGGGUCAGGACGCCAAGUCUAAGCGCGAGAAGCAGCGCAAGGAGAAGAACUUCCUCGAGGUUGACAUGCGCUUCGUCGAGGCUCCCCGCGGUGGUGCCAACGCUCCCCGUGGCCGUGGUGGUCGUGGUGGUCGUGGUGCUCGUGGCGGCCGCGGUGGUAACAACACCAACGCUCCCCGCCCCUCCGCUGCCGCUACCACCGGCGCUUCCGUCACCGUCGACGAGAAGAACUUCCCCAGCCUGGGUGGCAAAUAAAUGUGUUUUCAUGCCCCAAAUCUAACACACAACCGGUGAUCAUGGUUCCCAUGUCAAAUUGCGCGCGUGUUGUAUCUUUGUGUUUAUCUUAAAAACCAGAUUUAUCUCACCCGCUUAUCUACCUUUUUUUUUUUCUUCUAAACAAAAAAACGAAAAAUAACUUGCUCCACAAUUGACACUCCUGUGUUCCGUUUUAUCAUCUGUUCUUUCCCAUCCCAUUCCUCCCAUCCAUCCAUCCUAAUCAUUCCCAGGAUUCUCUAAGGUAGUCGGACCGUGUCUUUAGUGUGUGCAGUUUUUUUUUUAUUUUUCUUUCGUCUUGAAUUGUCUUCGGAACCUGAAUAAUGGUGUGAACAAAGCAGCCCAUGAAGCCAACCCACCUCAAUCAAAAUAUGCAAGCC